AUGGGUAAAAGGGAUAAUAUUAGUAAAAGAGGUGAUACAAGUGAGGCAUCAAGUGAAGAAGAAUAUGUAGUAGAGAAGGUUCUCGACAAACGUACUGUAAAAGGCAAGAUACAAUACCUGUUGAAAUGGAAGGGUUACAAAGAGGACGAGAGCACUUGGGAACCAGUGGAGAAUCUUGACUGUGAGGAACUGAUCAAAACCUUUGAGGAAAAUAGGAAGGAAAAAGAAAAAGAAAAAGAGUCAAAAACUAAGAAACCAGAAGACCGUGGCAAAAAACGUGUCCGAGAGUCCAGUGAAGAGACUUCCUCUGGGCGCAAGGGCCGUGGCACCAGUGUCUCAUCUGCUGACGACCACAAGGACUCCAAGAGGGAACGCAAGGAAGACAAAUCAAAAUCUGGCUUCGAUAAAGGGCUGAAAGCUGAAAAAAUUAUAGGUGCAUCAGAUGCAACAGGCGAGCUGAUGUUUUUAAUUAAAUGGGCUGAUUCUGAUGAGGCUGAGCUAGUGCCUGCUAGAGUUGCUAAUCUGAAAUGUCCUCAACAGGUGAUUGCUUUCUACGAAGAGAGGCUUACGUGGCACACGCCCGCGGAGUCCGAAUGA